AUGUCCUCAUCCAGAUUACCACAUAUCCCUGCUCUACGUAGACAACAACUCCUGCUUGAAUUUGCCAGCUUGAAACAUGCAGCUCCCCCGGGAAUCUACAUUUCCAUCACGCCAGGCGAUCCUACUCUGUGGUCUGGCGUGAUAUUUGUGCGGUCGGGCCCCUAUGCCUCUGCUGUCCUCCGAUUCCAGAUUCGAUUUCCCGACUCCUAUCCCGAGCUUCCACCCCUCGUCACCUUUUCGACUGACGUUUUCCAUCCUUUAAUUGUACCCCUUACUACAUAUACCUUCAGUACGGGCGCGUCGACCGAAGACCCUGUUAGCGCGACGGACGAGGAGCGACUACCCCCCGGUGGCUUCAGUCUCCGACAUGGCUUCCCUCACUGGUUUGGGAGGGCAAGGAAGACAGGACGACAGUCAACGGGUUCAUCCAGGCCAGUGAGUGCGAAUGGACGGAAUGCUGGUGAAGAGGAGACGACAACGGCGGAUGGCCCUUCUUCUCCCUCCUCACGUCAGCCCAAUGGUGCAGAGGAAGGCGAGAAUCUCACCAAGGACAAAGGAUCCGCUUCGGACGCAAGAAAAACGGUACCAGUAGCAGUGCUACUGAACUAUAUCAGAUCAACGUUUGACGAUGAGAACGUCCUCGACACUUUGCCUCUCGAGGCCGCGGGAAACCCAAGCGCGUGGCACGCAUGGAAGGCACACAGAAGAGAAAAUAGUGAAUCGGCGACGAGCAAUUCCAAACGAGGGAGUCCGCAGGCUCGGCUUCCUGGUGAUUGGCACUGGGACGGUAUUUGGGCGAAGCGUGUUCACUAUGAGAUUGAGGCUAGUCAUUCGGAUCAAAUAUUGUUUGGAAAUGCUCGCGGGGCCACCGAUGAGAUGAUACGCUUCUCUCGUUUGGAUGAUGCCACGUUGGCUUCGAUCAAAGAGAUGAUAAUUCCUUCAGUCGGGGACGCACAUGAAUAG